CAUAAAUGCAAUUAUUUAAAAAGAAAAGGGGUCCAUUACUGUAAGCAAGGGGAUCUGGAGUUCCAGUUUCCAAGUGAUUUCUACUUUCAAAGAAUCAAAUUCAAAAUGACAGCAAAUCGAAGUCAGACGAUCAUCGAUUCUGAGAAAUGAGGAGCAGAUUAUGUGAGAAAGCUGCAAUUAACGAUGUCGAGACCGUGGGUACUGGUUUUUCUUCUCUUGUUAAUCGUAUUUACAUCGCAGUUUGAGUGGAAGCAACAAUUUGGGAAUGAGAUUGAAGCCACUCCAGCUGUUUCCCGGAAGGAGCAAUUUAAUUCGAAGCGGGAAGAAGCUGUCAAAGAAAAGAUCAUCCUUUCUCAGGAAAAGAAUAUUCAGAAACUUAAUGAGCUUGUCCAGAGUCUCCGAGAACAAUUGCUACAGUGUAGAAGUGAAAAUAUUGUUGCAAAUAGUACAGCAAUCCCUUUGACUGAACAUUUAAAUGAGCUUGAGCAGCAAGCAAUAUUGGAGGACUAGACAUGGAUCGCAUACAUUUAACAUCAAUAUGUUUGGUGAGUAGAUAUUGUGCUGUUUUGGAGGAGAAAUUGAAGGGCUGCUGCUACUCCAUGGAAAAUUGUUAGCUAGAUACAUAAAAUAAAAGAGCACAACAUUGUAGUGUAUUAAGACUUAGUCGAGUUAACCAGAGUGUACAAGUAAAAACAUUGAAUGUUAUAUUCAUGGAAUCUUAUCACAAAAGUGAAAUCAACUUAGCUUUUGCAAGAUCUCAAGCAAUUGUAAUUACAGAUUAUAGAUUUCCAAUUUUAUUAGCAAUAAAUCUGCCUUAAAAUACUCAUUACCAAACA